AUGGAAUAUAAUGAAGAAGAUUUUGGACUUUCAAAUAUUGGAUUAAUUGAUGAUAUUAGAGUUAAAGUUAAUAAAAUCCCAACUGUACAAUAUACUCCAAAAUUUGAUAAUAAAUUAUGGUUUAUGAAUAAUAAUAAAGAAAAUAAAGAAAAUAAAGAUAAUUUAAAUAAAAAACAACAAGAAAAGAAUAGAAAAGAUGGUAUAAAGAAUAGUCAAUUUAAAAUUGAUUAUUUAUAUUCAAGAGGAGAAUAUAAGCAAUGUAUUAAUGAAUUAAAUCAUUUGAAAACAUUGGUUAAAUUAAAAAAGAAACAAGAUUAUAAUGAUGAUAUUAUAGAUACAGAGAUUAGAUGUAAUUUCAAAUUAAAUCAAUUUGAUAAAGUAAUUGAAUUAAUUGCUAAUGUUGAAAACACAUUACAACUAAAGAAUGGUAUAACCUACCAAUUUAAAGAUACAAAUUUAAUUUUCAUUUUAGCACAAUCAUUACACCUUAAAAAUCAAUUUACUCAAUCAAGAAUUCAAUAUCAACGAUGUAUUUCAUUAAAUCGUAGAAUUUGGGAAUGGUGGUUUAAUUUAUCUUUAACUUAUUUAAAUUGUUCAAAUUUAAUUACAAAACAAAAUUUAUCAUCAUUUUUAUUUAUUAAAAAUAAAAAUGAAAAUGAAAAAGAAAAUGAUGGUGAUAAUGGUGAAGAUGGUGAUGAUGAUGAUUAUGAUGAUGAAUUAAUUAGUGGUGUAAAUUUAAAUGAAAUUAUAAAUGAAAAUAAAAUUAAAGAGGAUGGACUAAGUUUUUUAAAUUUAGUUUUGGCAUAUAGAUCAUUAUGUCAUUCAAUAUUUUUAUUAACUCAAACUAUUCAAAGUAAGAGAAAAUCAUUUAAAUCUACUCAAGGUUUUAAACAAUUGGAAAAGAUGAAACUUAUUUUAGACUCAUUAUUAAAUUUAAUUUCAAAUUCAAUAGCAAUCAUUGACAAUUCAAUAAUGAUAAUUAAUGAAGAAUUAAUUGCAAAUAAUUUAGAUCGUUUAAGAAAAGAAUCAAAUGAAAAUCAUUUUGAAAUUAAAUGGUUAAUAGAUUUUAAACCUGAAAAUUUUAAAAAUGAUGAAGAUGAUGAAAUUGAAGAUAGAGAAGAAAAUCCAUUCACUUUAUAA